UCAAAAUAACAUAAUUGACAUAAUAAUAUUGAAUUUAGUUUCUUUGGCUAUUUGGGAUAUUGUACAUUUAAUGUUAGGUUAGAAAUGUAUGCAAGGCCAUCACCAUAAUCUAAUAUAAAAUAACUUAGCAAACAUAUAAUUACAAUACUUACAGAUGACAUUCUCUACUUUUUCAGUACUCUUAACCUAAUUGCUAGUGAUCGCCAGCGACCGACAGUUUACUAAAAAUUUCCGUUUCCGAAAAAUAUGCCCCAUGGGGAGCCAGGCUACUUAAAAUCGGAACGGAACGAUGCUGAUUGGUUGCCCCUACCACUUCACUUUUCCGAUUCCGUGUUCUGAUUCCGUUUUCCGCGUCCAUGGGACGGCACCCUUAUGCUCUGACAAAGAAGUUACAAUAAUGAUGAUAGAUGUAGCUACGUCGGUAGAAGAAGAAGCACCUAUUGGAGAACAACAGCAAGACCGACAAAAGAUCGACAAGAAGAGUGCAUUAGAUUUUUUACUGCAGACAAAGUACUUAGAUGGACAAACCGUUGCUUAUUCCCAAUUCCAGCUAUAUCACAGUGAAUUACAAAUCGAUCACAAUAUGAGUGCUUUGUUAUGGUGAAAGCAAAAUAGCUACAAGUUUCCGGCCGGAGCUAGCACGAAGAUAUCUUGCUAUACCAGCGUCGUCAGCAAGUUUGGAAAGAGCUUUCUCUACAACGGGAAAUAU